CGACCUACUCGCUACACCAGUCGCUUACACUCCCCGACACGUCUCUAUUUACAUCGUAAAACACUCCAGUUUCACGAAAAAUUUACUUUGUCGCAAGCUUUUGCAGCUUAAGGCUUUGAGAUUAAGUGCAAAGCUAUGCGUUACUUACAAAUUGAUUGUUGAAUUUUUUUUUAAUUUCACGAAAUUACAAGACUUCAAUCAAAAAUAGAAUGCUGACGUGACGACGUGCGACAUUUUGUAGUGAGAUACCAACUUCGAAAGUGCUUUCAUGCAAAACUUUUCGACACCAGAAACGAAGGCUUAGCCGAUCAGUUGAAAUUUUUACAAAUUAACUCAAAAAUCUUAAAAAGUACGCCGAUACCUGUAGACCCAAAAGCGAACGAAAGACUACGGCGGAAAACAGGGAAAGCAAUGAAAAAUGCCAAUCACGUCGAUGGAACGACGGUGUGACGCGGUUAACCAUCACUGAAGUCGUGGACACGUGGGUGGCGGUGCAGCCGCACACGAGCACGGACGGAGCGUAAAAGCCGCGCGGCUUUAUGGCACGAGCAGCGCGUGACGAUCGAUUGUAAAUUCGCGCCUCAUCUCGCCGCAACAAUGUGACAAGAGGCUGAAUAUUGUCACUUUCGUUGCACUCAUCACUCAUCAGUUUGUCCAACGAUCCAAUAUCCGACUUGCGCGCCAAAGUAGAGGUGAAAAAUGGAGACACUGUACGCAGGUGGUAUUCACAGUUUUCCCCAACCACCGAACGGCAUAGCGGGUGGUAUAUCAACGGGUCUUGCGGCCCCAUUCGAUCAGGAAGGCGUACUGAGCCUUGUCGUCGUGCUGGGUGGCAGCCUCUCCCUCGUCGCCCUCGUUUUCGCCUUCAUCACCUACAGUCUUUUCUCGGAUUUGAGAAGUUUGGCGGGUACAACCUUGAUGAAUUUGCUGGCUGCCCUUUUCAUGGUACAACUGUUAUUUAUAGUCGGAGUUGGCGGUGUUCAAGACUCAGAAUUAUGCAUAUCUCUGGGAAUGAGUCUGCAGUACUUGCGCGUCUCAGUGGUAUGUUGGCUUGCCGCGAUGUGCCAUCACCUGUAUGCUACCGUUGCCUCUAUCCCCAGCCGCGACGACCCGCCAACGUACCUCAAGUACAGUAUGUUCGCCUGGGGCGCACCGCUCAUCAACCUCGGGUUUGCCACACUGCUGCAGAUACACGAGACCAAUGACAUUUGGAAAGUAGACGAUCUCAUGCCCUUUAAUUGUUGGUUCUUAGGCGUAAAAGCAACGGUUUACGCGUUCGGUGUACCAAUAAUUUUACUGCUUCUGUCGUCUGGUUACUACCUUUUGAAAGCAGCCAUCGUAGCAAGGUACACGUGCAGCAUGCAGCUAGAGAUAAAGCAGCGGGAAAAAAUGAAGAGAAGACGGACGCUGCAGUUGAUGCUUUUCUUGAAAGUCAGUCUUAUCAUUGGUUUAGUCGCUGGCUGCGGCGUGGCGUCACGCGUAUGGAAAGUGCCGUUCUUGUGGGCGAUUUUUUGCACAGGCCACUCUUUACAGGGACUUGCUGUAGCACUCUCGGUAGCUUGCAAUUGCAGAGUGCUAAAGGUUUAUUCACGAAAAUCUUACAAGCAACCAAGAAUUCAGAUGGCAAAAUCUUCGAGUAUGCAACUUCUUGCUCCAGCACCCGAUCCGGUCUAAUUUUCAAGUUAAAAGUUAUAUAUUAAAACUUGUGAUAAGUUGACACUUUUUAUAGUGAUUUUAUUUUAUAAUUUACAGGAAACAAAUUGAGUAAGAAUUUGAUUGACUUUGAAUUAAAAUUAUUUUGAUUCAUUGAUCGUACAAAUCCUGUCGUGUUCUUUUACAAUUGAAACAUUUUUUAAGCGAGUAACAAAAAAUAUAAGUAAAUAGAUUUUCAUCUGAUCAACCAAAUAAAAGUUAUAUCAACUAUUAUUUUAUAUUAUUGCAAUGUUCAAAUAAGAAUUGCAAAAACGUAUACAAGAUUUCAAUCAAAAGCAUUGCGUAGAAAUAAAUUCAUCUAAUCAAGUCUUGAUUUAGUACAUGUGCAUUAUGCUUUAAUUAAAAGACUGUUAUUUAAAAAAUGUUACUUAAUAGCGAACUAAAGUUUUAUAAUAGUUUUUGUAAAAGUGUCGAGAAUUUCACAAGUUAAGCAACGGGAAACAAUCAAAUACACACACAUAUCGCGUUAUUUUCAUGAUUGUAAAUAACGUACGUUAUGAAUUUCACUUAUUACCGCGGAUAAUUGUGAUCAAAGAAGCAUACUACAUGAAAUUAAGGUUUUUUAUAAAAUAAGAAUCAUGAUAUUUUAAUGUAGCGAUAUGAUAUAAAGAUAAUUGAUCUCAUUGUAUUAUUAUGGAGAAUUCGAAUUAAUUAUAAUAAAUUGAACGGACAAUGAAAGGAAUUUUGUUGAUAUUUAAGUUGGCAUAGUUUCCGUUGACAUUAUAUUAAAUUAAUUUAUGCUGAUAUUGCGAAUUACUUAAACUAGAAACAGAUAAAUAAGAGAAAUAACGAAUGAAAGCAAUUGGAAUAAGAUGGUUAGGGAGAGAGUUAUAUUUCAUAGUUCUAUAGAGAGAAGACGAGUUUGAAAUUUUAUUGGUGUUUUUAAUGAAAAAAAUGACCAUUAUUAUGUUUAACGAUAUAGACAACUGUAAAUAUUUCGGUGAUUUAUAAUAAAUAACAUAUCAACGAUCACUUCAACGCAUCUUCCCGUUAAUUGUGGUUGAAAUUGUUUAUUAUACAAUAUUAGAAACUUCUAUCGUUCUCACAAAAAUAACAAUGAAUAAUCAGUUUAAUACAAUAAGAAUCCUCUGAUCGCUUUGUCCAUAGUGUGAAGUCACAAAUAGGCAGUGAUCGCUUGUAACACAUAAAUCUAAACAAUUAAAUCAUGUAUACUCAAAACCAACAAUAAAUAUUUUAAAAACAAUACAAAUAGAAU